AUGUUACUUCAAGAGCCCGCGUGCAUCACAAUUUCAGAGCCUAUGCGGUGGCAGGAGCGUGGAGAUGCGGGCGGCAAUAUUUCGGCACAGGUGGAAGAGCUUCGUAUGGACGCCAGCAGCAAAGGACGCACGUGGCUGCAAGAGAAGAUUGCGAGCAUGACACAGGGUGUCUUGCAGAAGGUUGCAGCAGCUGUUGUUGUGUCGACACGUCGACAAGAUGGUUCGAAGGUGGCACUGGCUGAGUUGCGUAAUGCCCUCGUGGAGCAUUUUGCACCGCAGGAGCGUGGAGAUGCGGGCGGCAGUAUUUCGGCACAGGUGGCAGAGCUUCGUAUGGACGCCAGCAGCAAAGGACGCAUGUGGCUGCAAGAGAAGAUGGCGAGCAUGACGCGGGAUGACCUGCGGAAGGUUGCAGCAGCUGUUGUUGUGUCGACACGUCGACGAGAUGGUUCCAAGGUGGCACUGGCUGAGCUGCGUAAUGCCCUCGUGGAGCAUUUUGCACCGCAGGAACGUGGAGAUGUGGGCGGCGGUAUUUCGGCACAGGUUGAAGAGCUUCGUAUGGACGCCAGCAGCAAAGGACGCACGUGGCUGCAAGAGAAGAUGACGAGCAUGACGCAGGAUGACCUGCAGAAGGUUGCAGCAGCUUCUGAUGUGUCGACACGUCGACAAGAUGGUUCAAAGGUGCCACUGGCUGAGCUGCGUAAUGCCCUCGUGGAGCAUGUUGCACCGCAGGAGCGUGGAGAUGUGGGCGGCAGUAUUUCGGCACAGGUGGAAGAGCUUCGUAUGGACGCCAGCAGCAAAGGACGCACGUGGCUGCAAGAGAAGAUGGCGAGCAUGACGCGGGAUGACCUGCAGAAGGUUGCAGCAGCUUCUGAUGUGUCGACACGUCGACAAGAUGGUUCAAAGGUGGCACUGGCUGAGCUGCGCAACGCCCUCGUGGAGCAUUUUGCACCGCAGGAGCGUGGAGAUGUGGGCGGCAGUAUUUCGGCACAGGUGGAAGAGCUUCGUAUGGACGCCAGCAGCAAAGGACGCACGUGGCUGCAAGAGAAGAUGGCGAGCAUGACGCGGGAUGACUUGCAGAAGGUUGCAGCAGCUUCUGAUGUGUCGACACGUAGACAAGAUGGUUCAAAGGUGGCACCGGCUGAGCUGCGCAAUGCCCUCGUGGAGCAUUUUGCCCCGCAGGAUGAUGAUGUGCAUGCAUUGAAAGCUAGACUAGAGCAGCUUCGUAUGGAUGGCCGUCGGGAAGGCGUGACGUGGCUUCGAAAGGUUUUUGGUGAGAUGGAAGAGCAUGCGCUGCGGUCCCUGAGCGCAGCUGCUGGCUUGGGGCUUGUCGAUGGCAGCGGAAAGUUGCUUCCUAGCGCCAAAGUUCGGGCAUCGUUGGUGAAGUAUCUGGCUCCUGAGGAGAGAAAGGAUGAUCGGAACGAUAUCGGUGCAAGACUUUGGUGUUGGGUGUCGCAAUGCUGCGAGAGCGACGCAGCACUUGGCACGGAAUUGUUGAGGCAAACAGUGGCGUCGAAGGAGCACAGGACAAGGCUACUGUCGAUUUUGCCCGGCAAAUCAUUGUCCACUGUUGAAGGAUUGCAUUUGAGUGACGAGCACUUAUGCUCGCGUGUUGUGGAUGCCACGUUGCCUGUGCUGGCUGCCAUCGAAGAUGCCAGGUCACGCAUGCCGGUUGCACCGCCCAAGGACUUGCUGGAUGUGCCUGGAAUUUUUACUUGCCUCGGAACAGAGAACCUUUCACGGCACCAGAGCAUUGCAUUGUUAACGUGUUUGCUAAGCUGCCGGGACAUCGUGUCGAUGCAGAAAUUAGGUGCUUGGAGUCGCCUUGUGGAUUUUCCACGUGAACACGAUGUUUAUGAUGUCGCUGCACGCCUUUGGGAUGUACACAUGUUGAGAUCGGACUGUGAAUGGCAACCUGGCAGUGGCUACGAAGAUCGCGCCGAUGUUGUGGGGCAAGAGUCUGAAGUGGAGGGGGAGGACGCACAGAAGGAGGCCACUGGAGAAGAAGCAGUAGAUCGAGAUGAUGCUUCAGGCCAUUUGGUGUCUUGCAUCGUCGGUUUGAAUGAUGCGGCUGAUGAGAAAAACAAAUGGGUUCGCGUCUUGAAAGAUGUGGAGGAAGUGUGUGUGCGGCAAAGGGGUCAACGGCAGAGUUCAGCAGCCGCUGUUAUGCGAAAUCGAGCGAACAAUGAGCUUGGGGCGGCAGAGGCAUCUGAGACUCAAUUGCUUGGCCGUGAAGGUGUGCAAGAGCAUCAAACCUUGCACAAGAUCCGGCGUAUUCAGAAGGUCGCCCGUGGAACUGCUGAGAGUGAUCGACAAGCUGAAGCUGCCAUGUUCCAGGUCAAACCGUCCAAGCUUGUGGUGCCGACCCAGGAUGACCCUUUGUCAAUGUUCGAAGCAGCAACAUGGGCAAUGUCGUUUCCUGAUCUGUUUCCUUGGGGAGAUGGUCUACCUUUCUUGAAACGAGAAACAAGUUUGGAUGCUUCGGAACUCUUUCGAUAUCUGCUUCUUCGGGAAGAACUGGAGUAUGAUGAGCCGGACACUUUGCUGCCAGUCAUGUAUGAUGUUCAUCGACGUCUUCACUUGAUGCGAGCAACAAAAGCGCAUGUGAUGCGCCGAGGUUUUGGCAAGCAUUGUCGAGUCAUUUCAGAAGUGAGCACGGAGCAGCUCUUGCAGGCAAUGGCCCUGCACGGCGACAACUCCGACCUGCGAGAGCUCCUCCGAGACCCACAGAUCGAUGUGUCCUUGAAGCGUGCUCUAGGUGGUGUUCUGCAAGCGACCUCGAGCAUUAUCGGCAUGGAAGGGCACCGAAGUCAGAUCAGGUUGAGAGGUCACGCCGCAGGGUGGCACUAUGGGUCUGCCCAUUUGUUCGUCACCCCGAACCUCGCAGACAUCCGCUCCCCGCUUCUCCUACAGCUACAUCUGCAGAGCACAGUUGGCACUGUGGACGAGUGCGAGGUGGCCUUAGACUGGGAUGUCGACGUGCCUUCAAUGCCUACUGCAGCAGCAAUGCGACGGAUUGUUGCCAUGGACCCUGUCUCCCAAGCGCGCUGCUUUGCGCUCAUGAUGGACAUCUUCUUUGAGGAGAUUUUGGGCAUUUUGCCACCGUUGAAGCGUGAGAGCUAUCGAGCAGGGAUGCAUGCAACGUUUGAAGAUGGUGUUGCUAGCUCGUUGCAGGGUGGUGUUUUUGGAGAUGUUGCAUCUUUGAGUGGGCCGUUGGAGACGCAAGGGCGUGGUUCUCUGCACCCACACAUUUUGGUCGUUUUGCUGGGGCAUGAUUUGGGCAAUCGUUUGCGAAGUAUCAUGCAUCGCAUCCGCCACGGUGAGCUUGUCGUUGAAUUGAGACGCUGGAGCCAACGAGUCCUGGAGGCCGUUCAACGCUUCAAGUAUGAUUCUCAAUUGGUUCUUGCAGAGCAAUUGGGAACUUCACAGCCGCCACUUCCUUUCAACGAGCGUCAGCGUGCAGAAUGUGGUCGGCAGUAUGAGACGUGUGCGUUGAUGCCCACAGAGCCAGACGGUCACGAACUGGCCGCAGGCUCGCGCCUGACUUUGACAGGCUGCUACGCAUCUUUGAGGCCAAGCUAUCAAAGACGACAGCAGCAUGCAAUUGGUGACGGUGAGAUCUGGAAACGCAAAUUUUGCGAAGAUUACCGUCGUUUGGUGAUCCAAAAUCACUUUCACAAGUGCACAAAGUCCUGUUUCAAGAAGAAAGCUGUCAAAGGCAAGCGUGGCUGUCGCUUUGGAUGUUUUCACAUUGAGUUAAUCCAGGACGAUGAAGGGAAGCAGAAAAACUUGUGCCGCAAAGGUUGGCCGCGAGUGGAGAAGGCUUGCUUUUCCAGGUUGCAAUAUGAAACGCAAGAUUUGGCAAAGCUGGAGGAGUUCAAGAAUGAGAAUCCGCAUGUUUUUCAGGCACAGCGAGAUCAUCCUUUUGAAGGCAUGUCAAAUCCCGUGGCACAGGUGGUUAUGCGUUGCAAUGUAGAUGUGAAAUACCUUGGCCGAGCUUUCGCUGAAGAUGACCUGACGAAGUUCUCUGGUGGUGGCAUGUGCUCAGACUCAAACACUCCAUUGUCUGCUGCUGUUUCUUCGAGCAUGGAAGUGCACAGUCCAGGUGCUAUGCGUCCUGAUGCGUCACAGCCUGUGGCCGGUGUCUUGCAACCGGAACUGUCCGAGCAGGAACCGUGCAACAUGGAUGUCACGCAACAGGACGAUGCUUUGGAUGACACUGUCCAUGGGGAUGAGAAGCGCAGAAAGAUGUCCAAGUCAAAGUCUACAUUGCUGGAUGUUCAGAAGACGAACAACAUGAGAAUGGCACUUGAACGGGUGCUGAUCGAUAUGUCGCGUGACAUGCAAGAUGUUGGUUUCUACACUGGCGAAUACGCUGCGAAGAAGUUUGAAUUUUCCAGGAGCAUGCUUCCAGAGCUCUAUGCAGGAGUGCAGAGAUUGGAGGAGGAAGAAAAACAGCGGCAGGAAGCUGCUUUGGAAGAUGGGAGCAGGGAGGCUGCAGAUGCGAAGAAAAAUCCGGGCAUGAGUUCCCAGCAGAGCCGAGCGCUGAGCAUUUUGCGUCGAUUGGCUUUUGGCAUGAACCGUUGUGUGGCCAAGUCCAACGGUGAGAUGGCAUAUCAGUUGCUGUAUGAACAGGAGCAGUAUGUAACUUAUCGGGGCUACAACGUGUUCUUUCGAUAUGUUCCUUUUGCAAUCAUGCGGUGCAGAGAAGAAGCAAUUGCAGGAGCGAUCGCUGAUGCACCGCACCUCAGCGCGGCUCCAGUGGACUUUGUGACCGACACGGACGACGCGCCUGUUGCUUUGGAUGAAAUAGCUGAGGUUAUGCAGGAUGAAGGUGAAGCACCUCGGGUGAAGCAAGUUGUUGUGCAGUUCAAUCAGAAGGAUGACUACCUUCAUCGUGGUUCCUCAGUUUUGCUGCGGUGCAUGUCGUUGGUGAUGUACUCAAGAUUUGUCCGCAGGGUGCCGCGAGCCAAAGCUGGUAAAGUUGAUGGUGUGAAGUUUUUUGCUUUCGACGAACACUACCCGCAUCAUGCAUCAUCUGUGCAGGAGGUGAGAGCUACUGAUGACAACGUGGUUGUGCCUUCUGAUUUGCAUCUGCCACAGGACGCAGAGGUGCAGAAGUAUGAAUGCAUGAUUUUUGGUCGUUUUGCGCCGCAGUGGAGACAUUGGAAAGCUUGCAUGGUGUUGCGUCGUGAAGCGGCACAAGAGCGCAUGUUGGCAGGCUUGUCGAUGCCGGUGAUUCGAGAUGUGAUUACAGUCCGCAGGUACGUGCCUCGCAUGGAAAGCAGUGGAGCAACGGUUCCUUUGGAGUUUCUGAAAUUUGUCCUGGACAAGAAGUUGCGCCCUCGCGACUGCCGGAUGCAUGAUGUUGUUCGCAUUGUGGAACGUAUUGCUUGGUGCUUGGGCGUUGCCUUGAACUAUCAUUACACUCAGCUGUCUCCUCUGGAAUUCCUUUGCAUUGUCCAGACUACUUGGUUGGAGCGUUUCGAGCAACACCAUGCUGCGCGCCGGAUCAGCAGCAGUCGUCGUCGAGCUGAACGCUUUGCUUUGAUGACAAAGGUGGAAGAUGACGACCUGGAGGAUGAUGCUGCGCCUCCGGACAUUGAGGGGGACGAAGUGGAGGAUGACUUGCGGCAGCAGGACGAGUUGGAACGCAUGGAGCGAGCACAGUACACUUUGGACAAAGAUGCUUUGCAGGAAGCAUUGUUUCGAGAGCAGGAUUGGAUGCGGGUCUUGGGGAAUCCUCGUGCUACGGUGCUGAAAGAUACUCUCCGUCAUUUGCGUGACUUUGUCAAUGCUUUGGGAGGAGUACCAGAUGCAAGGACUGGGAUGGGCAUUCGAAGUUCUGGUUCCUCUGGGGUUGAACGCACGUGGACGUCGGCGGAUGCUGAAAGAGGCAUGACUUUGCAGAAGCAGUACUUGGAAUUCUGCGCCGGAGGCAUGGCAGAGGAAGAAGACGACAUGCCAGUAGACACCUUCGAACCAUUGGAAGAAGCCCUGGAGCCGUUUUUGGUUGCACUGAACAAUCGCUGCAUUGGACCUGGCGACUAUGCAGCAGAGCUUGCCAUCAACUACACACUCAAUCGGCAACAGAUUUUGGCAGUGGCGCCCAUUGCUUGGGUCAUGGAGCAAAUGUGGCUGAAUCGCUCCAACCUGGACUCCAUGAUGGCCGAUGGAGCUGCCACCGAAAGCUGCAACUGUUUGUGGUUGGGCGCUGGCAGCUCUGGCAAGACGUACGCCUAUGCCAAGGUGCUGCGGCCAAUGUUCCGCCGAUACUUCGGCGAUGCUGGUUACAUUGUGGGAGCCCCAACACACGCCGCGGUUCGCCUGCUUGGGCCAGAAGCCAAGACCUUGCACAAAUGGGCGAAUGUGAGCCCGAACAGUGGCCUCAAUCGACGCUCACUGCGUUCAGCCAAGAGCAAGGGCGACCCGAUUGAGAAGAAGAUCAUCGAGGUCAUGGCUGUGCUCUUGGGCGAACUCUCAAUGAACCCGCCCGAUGUGUACCAUGCGGCAGGAUUUCGGUUUUCUUUGUUACGGCAGGAACGGAUGAUGUUGGACAUGGGAUGCUACUUGGAUCAGUGGUUCGGCAAGGUGCCCAUUGGCGUGCAGCUGGGCGAUUUUUUGCAGCUGCGCCCAACCGCACAGCGCUCGCUGUGCGAGUGGCACGCCGCCCAACGUGCCACUGACAGCAUGGCUGCAGCUGCCAGCGAGGACGAAGACCUUGGAGAGGACGAAGCAGCGCAGCAGACCAGCAAUGCAGCUGAGCUUGGCCGGAUGCUGUUCAAGAAUUCCUUGCAGCGAGUGGUGCACUUCACAGGGUCGGGGAGGUUUUCCACUUGCUCAUCUGGGCAACAGCUUGUGGAAAUUUUGUUGGCAAUGCGAGAAGGCAAGAAGAUGUCGGAUGCUUUGUGGGCAGCGUUGGAAGCAAGAUCCUAUAGCACAGCGCAGCUGCAGGCCGACGAACUGCGGGGACGUUUGUUGGAUGCCCACUGGGGCGGUCUUGCUUGGGAGCAAGUGGCUCGUCUACAGCAUGUUCGCGUUGGUUUGGAGGCAAAGGAAAGGAAGAAAACUCUUUACCUCGUGCAAGCCAUCGAUCGAGCUACAGGUCCCAAUGAUCUCACAAGGGAACAAAGCAUCAGCGCACUGCAGAUUGUGAACAUGACCAAAACGCACUAUCUUAUGGGGAUUUGUCCGCUGUACGAAGGCAUGGCUGCGCGCAUCAGUUGCAUUUUGGAUGUUCCACUUUUGAACCGGGAGCUCCCAGUUAUUGUCCGGUCUGUCAAGCUACAUCCCAAAGAGCCAGCAAUUGAGGAUGACUGUGGCUGUGUUGUUUUGAAGUAUCAGCCAGUGGCAGUUUUGGUUGAGAUUGAUGAUCCCAAUUACAAGAACAUUCAGCUGCCUGGCGACUUGGCACCGCGGGGCCAUGUGUUGCUUCGUGCAGUUGCUUCGGACAAAGCCUGGAAUUUACAAGUGGGUCCGAAGCAACACGUUCCGGUGAUUCGCAAGCAAAUUCCCUUGGCUCCUCGAUGUGUUUUGACGCACUAUGGCUUGCAGGGCAUCACUGCGAAGAACGGACUUGUUGCUUUCUUGUCGAAGCCAUCUUGGAUGAAGGAUCCCGACUAUGCUCUGGCGAUUUAUGUCAUGUUGUCGAGGCCAAGAAAGUUGGAUGAUCUGUGGAUUAUCGAUUUGCCUCCGCGGCACAUGUUCGAGCAGUUUCUCCACGAGCACAAUCCUGCACUGGUGCAAAGGAUGAAAGAGUUCGAGCAGCAAGCGAAGGUGGACGAGAUCAAUGCAUUGGCUUAUUUGUCCAAAUUGCAAUGGCAACAUAGGGAACAAAUUCGCCAAAUGCUUGCGCAGGAUGACCUGCGAGAAAUGACCUGCUGA